AUGAAGCCAGUUUUGAAUGAGGUUGACGUUCUUGUUAUUGGAGGUGGAAAUGCAGGAUUCAGCUCUGCCAUUCCGCCGCAGAGUCGGGCGAUCGUCGCGACGGUCUACUAUGGAUUAGCAGACGUCUUGCCGAUCGUGAACAACGUCGACGAGGCUACCGCAUCCAUAAUUGACAUAGAACCUUACUCGGCUGCCAAUUUCGCAGACGAUAUCUCCCGUAUCUGUGUGGGUCGAUCUGAUCCGGACCUCUCUUGUGCUCUUGUGAACGACUCUAAUGCGGCGCUCAAAUGGUUAGCGGGGCAUGGAGUAAGAUUCCAGCUUUCAUUCAAUCGUCAGGCAUACAAAAUCGACGGGCGGUUCAAAUUCUGGGAUGACAUGUGCCUCAAGACGCAGGACGGCGGAAAGGGAUUGAUCGAUGAUCCCCGUCGAGCAGCCAAGAGGCUAGGAGUCAAGGUCUUGUUCUCAACCGCAGCCAAAUGUCUUGUGGUAGAUACUGCUACCAAGGCUGUCCGCUCUGUCAUCGUGGAAGAUACCACUGGUGAACGGCAUAUUCUGGCUGGAGCUGUGGUUCUGGCGGCCGGAGGCUUUGAGGUCAAUCCCCGAAUGCGAUCGCAGUUCCUCGAACCAAACUGGGAUUUUGCUGAAGUACGCGGCACCCCCUACAAUAUUUGCUCAUGUCUAGAAAUGGCUAUACGAGAUGUUUCGGCCAAACAAGCCGGUAACUGGUCUGGCUGCCACUCUGUUGCGUGGGACGCCAAUGCUCCCCCUAAUUCAGGUGAUCGUAUCAUCUCAAACGAAUUUACCAAGUCGGGUUACCCCCUCGGCGCUUUGUGGAUUCAAGGUGUUGACCUUCGCAACUACACGUAUGCGAUUUUCGGCAAUGCAAUUCUGGCACAACCCGGCCAUGCUGCCUUUCAGGUUUGGGAUGCCCAGAUGACUCCCUGGCUGCGGGAUGAGGAGUACCGCUAUAGCAUCGUGGAGAAUAUUACAGCCUCUACUUUAGAGGAGCUGGCCGAUAGGUGUGCCGAAUGUGGCCUGAAAGAUCCGAGCAAGUUCUGGGACCCGGCUGUCAAGGACGGUCUGUCCACGCAGUCGAGCCUCAAGCAACUCGCAUUACCCAAGUCUAAUUGGGCUACGCCUCUAACAAAGGGCCCCUAUAUGGCUAUCAAGGCGACCUGUGGCGUGACUUUCACACUUGGCGGGUUAGCUGUUGACCAUCAGACUGCGGGUGUCAUAUCAUCAGCCACCAACUCUGCCGUGCCUGGCUUGUACUGCGCUGGUUAA